AUGGCAGAAUCAAAUUUUCAAAAUGCUUUAACCAAAGCCGUUCCGAUUAAUGGUUGGUUGAAGCGAUUACUUCCACAUGAACGAGAGCUGUACGAAUCAGGUCAACUACAAAAUAUAACACACCAUGGUUCAUCGUCAAUUUGGUUAGAAGCGCCUUCUUCUUUGCCACAGCCAGAGAAAACAUUGGUGUAUCGACCAAUGGGAGAUACUGAAGUCAUAUAUUUAGUAGAGCAUGGUGAACUUCCGGCUACUCAAUCCUAUCAAGCGAUCAUCGAAGAUGAAAAUGGUAGAUUAUAUUCGAACAAAUAUUUAACUGGGCCGAAGUAUGUUGCGACGCAUCCAACAACAAUCGUAGAGUUUUGCGCGCCCACAGAACUAAUUGAAGCAUUAAAAAAGAUCCAGAUGAAGGUUGAAGAUGGUGCUUUAUCGAUGGGACUUGGCCAUAAAGCAGGAAAAGGUCUUCCACUUUUCAAUGAAAGUAUGAGAAAAGGAGAUACGACUUUUCGUAUUGUAAAGAUAAAAAGAAGCAAGGAAAAGCAGAAACAAUAA